AUGCAUGUCACCACUUAUACAGGGGUACUCUGUACCCUGGCCGCACCAGCAAUGGGCAUGGUCUGGGAGAGUCUAUCUGGAGGAACCCCAAACAGCUGGUCGCUUGCCAGUAAGCCCGCAGCGAACUCAACAAUGGCGCUGUCUAUUGCUCUGAGUCGUCAGAAUCUAGACCAGUUGGAGUCUAAAUUGAUUAAAUUAUCUACGCCCGGUCAAGAAGAAUACGGCCAAUGGCUGGAAAAGGAUGAAAUCGACUCGCAAUUUCCUAUUGUCGAUGAUGCAUCUGUCGUGAGCUGGCUACAUAAGGCAGGUAUCUCAAACAUCGCCCGCGACGGUGCCUUGCUCAACUUCACCGGCAGCGUCGACAAUAUCAACCAGUUGCUCGACGCAAGCUUUGCAUACUACCAGAAUGGUGAAACUGUGAAGCUGCGCACAACCCAGUAUUCUAUCCCCGACGAACUGGCUGAGUACAUUGACAUCAUCUCACCUACUGUCUACUUCGGCAAGACCCGUAGCGCUGUUCCAGUGAUAUCACAGCCACACCAGCUGCAGGCUCGCAAAUCUUCCCCCACGGAGGUUGCACCCGCAUGCCAGACAUCUAUCACCCCUUCGUGCUUGAAGGAGAUGUACAAUGUUGGCGACUACGUCCCGAAGCCAGCGGCGGGUAGUCGCAUUGGGUUUGGUAGCUUCUUGAACGAGUCUGCCCAGCAGUCCGACCUGGAGGCUUAUCAGACUCUUUUCGAUAUCCCAACACAGAGAUUCACCGUUGAACUUAUCAAUGGCGGAGUGGACGACCAGAAUGCACCUUCGAGUGAUAUUGGCGAGGCCAACUUGGAUGUGCAGUUGAUCUCCGCUGUUUCUCACCCUCUGCCCAUUCAUGAGUUCAUCACCGGCGGUGUUGCUCCAUUCAUUCCCGAUGCCGAUGAGCCCACCCAGGCCGAUGAUUCUAAUGAGCCAUACUUGAUUUACUACGAAUACCUGCUUUCAAAAGCCAAUGAUGAUUUGCCCCAAGUCAUCUCUAACUCAUAUGGCGAUGAUGAACAGACUGUCCCAGAGAAAUACGCCAAACGAGUCUGCAAUCUGAUCGGGCUGAACACCCUGCGUGGAUUGACUAUAAUUCACUCUUCUGGCGACGAAGGUGUCGGCUCCGCUUGUCAAGCCAGUGACGGCGUCACCCCUCAAUUCAACCCGAUCUUCCCAGCAACUUGCCCCUACGUGACAGCUGUAGGCGGUACCUCCGACGUCACCCCCGAGGUUGCCUGGAACGCAUCAUCUGGUGGUUUCUCCAACUACUUCCCUCAGGCCUGGUACCAACAGUCAGCUGUGAAGAAAUACUUUACUCAUGUCACCUCUGAGACCAAGGAGUACUACUCUAAUUAUGCCAACUUUGAAGGGCGCGGAUUCCCAGACGUUUCGGCCCACAGCUUGUAUCCCGAGUAUGUUCAUUAUAUCUCCCUCUUCCCGGGACUACGUCUAACAAGCUACAGCUACGAAGUAAUUGCUCUCGGUAAAAAGACCGCCUCUGGUGGCACAUCCGCUGCAGCACCCGCGUUUGCUGGUAUCAUUGGCUUGCUAAACGAUGCCCGUCUGCGUGCUGGUAAGCCGGUCCUGGGCUUCUUGAACCCGUUUUUGUACUCGCAGGGAUACAAAGCCCUCAACGAUAUCACCGGCGGCCACUCCUAUGGAUGUGGUGGCAUUGAUCCCCAGAGUAAUAGGGCUGUCAAUGGUAGUUUGAUUAUCCCUGGUGCUUAUUGGAAUGCCACUAAGGGGUGGGAUCCGGUGACUGGACUUGGAACACCCAACUUCCAGAAGUUGAAGGAUUUGGUAUUGGCACUGUAG